AUGGAGCCUAGUGACGCGGCGCACCCCGGUCCAGGGAGGGCUGUUUGGAAGUUGGCGCCUCGGCUGCUGCUGCUGCCACUGUUGCCAGUGCUGCUGGGUCGGGGGCUGUGGCUCGGGGCCGCGGCCUCCUCCUCUGGGGCGGCGGCUGAGGACAGCAGCGCCAUGGAGGAGCUCGCCACCGAGAAGGAGGCGGAGGAAAGCCACCGGCAGGACAGCGUGAGCCUGCUCACCUUCAUCCUGCUGCUCACCCUCACCAUCCUCACCAUCUGGCUCUUCAAGCACCGCCGGGUGCGCUUCCUGCACGAGACCGGGCUGGCCAUGAUCUAUGGGCUCAUUGUUGGAGUGAUCCUGAGGUAUGGCACCCCUGCUACCAGCGGACAUGACAAGUCACUCAGAUGUACUCAGGAAGAUAGAGCCUUUAGCACCUUAUUAGUGAAUGUCAGUGGCAAGUUCUUUGAAUACACUUUGAAAGGAGAAAUCAGCCCUGGCAAGAUCAAUAACGUGGAGCAGAAUGACAUGCUGCGGAAGGUAACAUUUGAUCCAGAGGUAUUUUUCAACAUUCUGCUGCCUCCAAUUAUUUUCCAUGCUGGAUACAGUUUAAAGAAGAGACACUUUUUCAGAAAUCUUGGAUCAAUUCUGGCCUACGCCUUCUUUGGGACAGCGGUUUCCUGCUUCAUUAUUGGAAAUCUUAUGUAUGGGGUGGUGAAACUCAUGAAGAUUGUGGGCCAGCUCACUGAUAAAUUUUACUACACGGAUUGUCUCUUUUUUGGAGCAAUUAUCUCUGCCACUGACCCAGUGACUGUGUUGGCAAUCUUUAAUGAACUGCAUGCAGAUGUGGAUCUUUAUGCUCUUCUGUUUGGAGAGAGUGUCCUGAAUGAUGCUGUUGCCAUUGUACUGUCCUCGUCUAUUGUUGCCUAUCAGCCAGCAGGACUAAAUACCCACGCUUUUGAUGCUGCUGCCUUUUUUAAGUCAGUUGGCAUUUUUCUAGGUAUAUUUAGUGGCUCUUUUACGAUGGGAGCUGUAACUGGUGUUGUGACUGCUUUAGUGACCAAGUUUACUAAGCUGCACUGCUUCCCCCUGCUGGAGACAGCGCUCUUUUUCCUGAUGUCCUGGAGCACGUUUCUUUUGGCUGAAGCCUGUGGAUUUACAGGUGUUGUAGCUGUCCUUUUCUGUGGGAUUACACAGGCUCAUUAUACAUACAACAAUCUGUCAGUAGAAUCAAGAAGUCGAAGCAAGCAGCUUUUUGAGGUGUUACACCUUCUGGCGGAGAACUUCAUCUUCUCCUAUAUGGGCCUAGCACUGUUCACCUUCCAGAAGCAUGUUUUCAGCCCCAUUUUCAUCAUUGGUGCUUUUGUAUCCUUUUCUCAUUUAUUCCACAUUGUAGACAGAGAGUUGACCUCUGUAUAA